AUGGCGCAACCAAUUUUCGAAGAGCAUCCUCUCGAAGAAUACUUCGAACUGGCGGGCGAGUACCCUGAGGAUAUGCCUGGUGGAGUCUCUGAAUUCACUCUGCAACCCUCCCCUGGCAGAGCGAGACUCUUUGGUCUGGAGCGAAUGCCGUCGUUCCUCGCGAAUACCCUUCAGGACAUUUAUUCCGCCUUAUACUCGUCACGGUCGUCGCAAGAGCAAACAUUCGCUGAGCGCUUCAAGUACGACGUCAUAUCUUCUUCACUGCUGUCUUCGUCUAUAGCUGCCCCACCAAGCGCAACCCGUCGUACCUUCUCCCCUGAGCUUCCGGGAAGGCUACAAGACACCAGCGAAGAGGACCCGUCGCCGACCACUGCUGCGCGACUGGAUCAGUGGUUACCGACCCGCAUGGCGAACGCACACGCGCGGCCCGAGUUCAGCGAGAUUCAGUGGCCAAUACUCAUCCUUUCCCUUUCAGUUGCGGCUCUGUCUGCAGAGUAUUACUUUAUUGCUAUUUUCUUAUUCGCAUGGGCGGCGUACGCUUGGCAGUCUAAAAGGUCAAACAACCAGAAGGCGGACGUUAUCACUUCGACAUUAAAUGUUGUGAACGAAGUGAUAUCGGCGGGGAACGUUUGGGACUCUGCCGUGAACGAAGCUAUUACGAUCAUCGAGACAGAGGAACGAAGUAUAUUCUACGGCCCGACGAGUCCGCAGUCGCCGUCCUCAGGUCUUCGCGUCACUCUGCAGUCAUCGCUGCACACGACCCAGACGCAGUGCGACAACGUGCGCCAGCUUCUAUCUGCCCUCACCGAUCCGUCUCAGCUUGCGCAGCUUUCGGAGAUGUAUGCGCCGUCGUCACCGAUGAUGUCAUCGUUCUCGCUCGACCACCCGCGGCCUGUAUCCGCGCCUGCCUGGCGCCAGCGCCCGAUAUCGAUGCCUGCAAAUAAGCGUGCGACGUGGAACGGCUCAUACGCGUCGCUCGCAUCGGCAGGAAGCCCAACUGCGCAUCUCAUGAAACGUAAGCAGCGCACACGGUCUGGCCUAUCCGUAUUGUCAAAUGCCAACGGAUCCAACUUCGAGAGCAUGAGCGCGCCUGUAAGUCCGCAGUUUUCUGACACACUUCCCGACGUGCAGGAAGAAGGUGACGACGCGUCGUCGUCCGAGCAACCGUCGUCAUUCCCCUCUGCCGAGUACUUCGGAGCUGCUGCACUAGGCAUGCACCGGAAACGUAGGAGCGCAGGUAUGGAAACUUUCGGUAUCCUUCCACCGAGCUACACCACCCAGCCUUAUUUCCACCUUGGUCAUGGACCAUCACCGCCCCCGACUAUAACUUCCUCAUCGCGUUUCACCCCGGUGCACACUACCCGACACCCACUAUCGCUGUCUGGCCUUCGUCUAGCACUGCAUGGUGCAUUGUCCGCGAAGCGGUACGCGUGUUCCCAUCUUCUAGCUCUUCGCUUUGACGAGGACGACGAGGACGAGUGUUACUGGGAAGAUGUGCGGUCGGUGAUGGCUCUCCUUACAAGUACAUUCGAAGAUGCGUCUUCGAGACUCGUGGAGGCUCUUGACGAUGCGGAGAAGAAGCGUAUCAAGGACCAGCGGCCGAGCCCCGCGUCGAAAUCACGAGCGGGUAGCCCUGCACCAAUACCAAUUGACGGGGCUGCGAAGUCGGCUCAGAAUCGCUGCGCACGGACGAUGUCCGAGAUUGUGUCCUUCGCGCCGAUGCCCAGUCACUUAUCUCGGUUUGCGGCACACGUAGACGCUAUUGCUACAUCACUGAACGAUGCAAGAGAUCACCUCGAGCAAUGUGUUACGGUUUUGCGCGAACAGGCGUCACCUCAGGAGGUUGAUGAGGAUUCUCUGGGCCUGUCUUCCGUCCAGGAUCAUCCAGCUUUCCAAGCAUACGAUCGUCUUCGGAAGGAGCUGGGUUUUGCACUGCGCGAGUGCGAGCGCGGUCGGGAGCGCCUCCUUGACAUCAUCUCUCCGUCUCCAGUUGUCGACGACGUAAAUUCGUACGGCGACGAUACGCCUGCACUCGGUCAGGACACGGGGAGUGAACAAUCAGACAGGCAUAUUCCCGCGUCGCCGGCUCUGGAUCAGCCUGACAUCGCGAGCAUAUCCGGGGAGCAAGAAGCACUCGGUUUGGGCAUUGACCGCGGUGACGAGGACCUCGACGACGCGACUGAACAUCUGCUGCUCACCACCUCAUCAAAACACCUUCCUCCACCUGGCCUAGAGCAGGUAUUCCAGGCUGACUCCGGCGAUGGGCCGCUGUUCACCCGCGAGCGGUCAAGGCUCUCACGGGAAGAACGCAUCCGCCUGGCGAAAGCCAAGCGCGAGAACGGCGUGUUCGGCUCCCUGACGCUGUCAGAGCCACCUCCGCAAGCUAGACUUGAACGCUGGGCCCCAGGUGGAGAGGUGGUACAAGAACUGAAGGACGUAAUUUGGAAGGUGGGCGAAAAGCGGCGGCGGAUGGGCAUGCUGGAGCGGCUAGAUGCGCCUCUAGAGUCGGAGCAGUCUAUGGAACUGCAACCACAGGCUUUCUACACCCCCCGGACAUAUCGACCGCUCACGCUCGAAGACAGUCCGACGUCAUGA